AACCCCUGCCAACCCCUUUUUGUGCCUACUUCUUGUGCCUAUGGAUGAAGAGAAUGACGGCUUACUGUCGCAAGCAGAGGUCACCCCGAGAGCUGGCUGGCCAGUCCUUAGGAGACCUAUUCAAGCGGCGGCAAUUCUUGGCGCCGCCCUGCUUUUGCUUGUUGGCUUGACGUUGGCAUCGCCUAGCUUUGCAAGGUCAGCGAGACUAUCUGGCAUUCUUCAGCUUGCAGAUAAGGGAAUUUAUCCUCUCAUUAGGGGUGGUACCCGCAUCUACGGAGAGGAUGAUGAGGAUGAUGCAGUAUGCGUUGGUCAUGUUCUCUCCAGCGGUGCCUGGUUGGCUGCUGCUGCAUUGAAGAUUCAUGCGGCGGUCGUCGAGUGUGACCCUAGUAGAUAUGGAGCUAACGUCUCUCAAGAAAGACUUGUCACAGAAUAUCGGGGAGCGAGGCCUGGGCUGUGUGCCCGGGACAUCAUGGGUCACAUGAGAGACCUUGCUCAAACUUCAAUGCUCCUGGAAGGUGCGGCCACUGCAUGCGGGGAGGAUAAAAUUGAAAAUAUUCGCUGCACCACUGCUGUGACAAAUACUUUGCGGCAAUCCUUCCAUGCCUCUCGCUUUGCGUCCGAGCUGGACGUGUACUGCCCGUUGGAGACAAAUAUUUUUAGCUUGUACCUUUGCAUCAAUCGUGUGGAAGGUGUUGGCUGGGCCCUGGAUGCCAUGCUUGCCGGUAUUUCCGCUUCUGCGAGAUAUUGCGGAACGAAAGAGAAACGCGUGCCACAGCUGGACGUCGGCUCCUGUGUUGGCGAGAUCUUUGGUGGCGCUGCUUAUGUAGCAGCCGCUGGCAUGAACAUCUGGGCCGGCGCAGAUUUCGAGUGCAUGAGUGCUCAGGAUCCUCGGGAUUUGGUGAAUCUGACACAAAAAGAGAAGGACAGGAUCAACGCCCGUUGCGCCCUUUUCUCUAGUGGAGCGGCUCGCACCUUUGCCAUCGCAUCAUCCAAGGUCACAGAGGCAGCUGGACACUGUGGAGCCUCGGGAAACACGGCUUGUGGCCGCAGCAUGGCUUUGGGAGCGGCCGCUCUUUCUGGUGCUGCAGAGGCAAUGUCCAUCAUGCGCCUGGAAUGCAUAAGUCCGAUGAGCUGCUGCAAAGAGACGACACGUGGCAAGUUCGUAUGCGACUGCACGGGUCCAGCAAUUAAAGACAUUCGCAAGGCGAAUCAGGUACUUCGGAAACGAUGUGCCAGGUUUACAGGUUCCAUGCUCAAGGAGCUGGCUGUGGCCGUGAGCCUUCUAUCCGAGGGCGCUAGUGAGUGCACAAAACAAGACACAUCUAACUUUGCCUGUGCAAGCUUCGUGAGCGGCGCUUUGGCUGGCUACUUCUUCUUGGUUGAAGCCAUAAGCAGAACAACAAUCAGAUGCAAGGAGGAUCUCGACCGCUUCUUUUGUUCUCAGGACAUUGGCUUUAUUGGCGAGAGCGUGGAUUUGAUGACUCACGCAGUAGGAGCAGCCUUGCGGGAUUGCGGUUUUGGAAGCACACCCCGUAAAUCAAACUGGUUGAGCUAUGGCCGACGCUUUUUCCUACCGUAAUUAGGUCUCCGGGUCACCCUGGUCAAAGCGUAUUCUUUUAAUUUGGGAUGUCCUUGGUGCUGCGUCUUCUGGUUGGUGGUUUU